UUCGUUUCUGAGAAGCAACGAGACAUCAUCAUGCCCGAGCCAGCAAAGUCAGCGCCCAAGAAGGGCUCCAAGAAAGCCGUCACCAAGACCGCAGGGAAGGGCGGCAAGAAGCGCAGAAAGUCCAGGAAGGAGAGUUACGCCAUCUACGUGUACAAGGUCCUGAAGCAGGUCCACCCCGACACCGGCAUCUCCUCCAAGGCCAUGGGAAUCAUGAACUCGUUCGUGAACGACAUCUUCGAGCGUAUCGCCGGAGAGUCCUCUCGCCUGGCCCACUACAACAAGCGUUCUACCAUCACCUCCAGGGAGAUCCAGACCGCCGUGCGCCUGCUGCUCCCCGGUGAACUUGCCAAACACGCCGUGUCCGAGGGCACCAAGGCCGUAACCAAGUACACCAGCUCCAAGUAAACAGCGCAUUUGGACUACUCUACUAACCCAAAGGC